AUGGAUUUAUAUAAAACACCAUUUAUCUCAACUAAUUCUAGCGAUGUAAUUAUAUUAUGGAAAAAUGACAAACCUCUAUCAAAUGAAAAAGCAUCUAAUGUAUUCUUUCAUGUCUAUGAACAACAUAAUGAAACGUGUAAUGAAUACAAAGAACCUCAUGGAUUGGAUGAAAACUUUAUUUACUUUUUAAAUAAAACAGCUAAAAAUCUGGUAAAAAAAGUUAUUGCUGAAUCUGAAAAAUUGUUCGAAUGUGCUUUGAAAACUUAUAAAUUAAAUGCAACAAAAAGUGAUCAUGAACAUGAAUAUAAAGUGACAAAUAGAAAGUACAUAAAAAUAUGCAGGGACAAACGACCACCCAUAUCAGAUUCUAAUAGUUCAUUAACGUCCGAAUCGAAAUGGCUCAAUGACCAAGACGCCUUGGUGAAUAUUUCUGAAUACAUAAAACAGAAUUGGGAUUUGGAUCAAAGAUUUUUGUUCACUAUUGAAAAGACUGGCACAAUGAUAACUUGUAGUUCUACUUGUCACAAAUACAAGGUAGAGUUUUCGAUGCCUACACCGGAGUAUCCGAUUCCACAAUUAACGGUGAACGUGUUUUUUACCGUAGAGACAACGCCUUAUCUGUCGCUUCCGACUUACGUAAAGUAUCAGUUUGAGAUGGAUAGGCGUGUGUACGAGUUGGGGAAGCAUUCAUUCAAUAAGAAACGUUUUGAGCACCUGUUCAAGAUCAAACGCGACGUGUACGCGGAUAUCAAUAAGUAUACUUGGUGAUGAUCCGGACCAAGUGGUUGCAGUUGCGGUUUCAACUCUUAA